AAGAACUCAGCAUUUAUCGGGUUGUCAAAAUCAACGGCACCGUACGUUUACAACGGCCGUAGGGCCAAGUUGAUCAUUACAGAAUAUUCCGAACAUUAUGGCAAUCAUUGACAAUAAGAGAUUAGAAGCGGAUGAAGAAGCGGAAAGAAAUGCGAGAAUAGAAGCAGAAGAAUAUGCUUCCCGAAAUGAUCGUGCUUGGCAUCAACCCCCUCCAGCGUAUGAAGAAGCUGCCGGUGGUCCUUCUGGCUCUUCCUCUGUAGCACAACAGAGAAGCACUCCAAACUAUCAAUCAACAUCAACAGAUGAGUCUCCCAUACCAGAUCAGCCUGACAAUCCUGCCACUGCACAACAAUCACAGCCUCGAUCCAAUGAUGAAGAAUCAGAUGAUGAAUCUAUGCCACUACUCACAAGAAGGCAAAAAAUCAAGUUGAAGCAAAAGCUGAGAGGCAGAACGAGAUACAGACGUUUUUGGCAUUUCUUAUUUGCAUUCUUGCUGGGUGCAUUUGUUCUAUCCCUGGUCAUGAAUCUCUUGGGCAAGAGUGCAGAUACAAAAAAGGAUAUGCCAGAGCCUUGGUGGGACGAUGGCAAGCCAGUUCGAGAUCCAGAAUGGUCGCCUGUUAAGGAUACACCGCAAGAGUCGUGGCCUUCGCCCAACAUUCCACAAUAUACAAGUAGAGCACUCUUUUCCAUCGCAGCGAAUGAAUCUCUAGCGUUUGUACGUGCUCACGGAUCUUCCUAUAAUGGUGUUAUAAUCACUCUACCAGCUUCGUCUAUUGACAAAGAAGAAUGGCAGGAAUUUGAUAUAAGGCCAAUGAUCGAUCGGAUUGGAGUUCUGGUAGAGGCUAAAUUCAGCCAUCGAAGCCUACUCAACAAGGUCCGAAUAAAUACAAUGAUCGAUGAAAGAGAUGGCGAAAGAAAGGAGGGUGUCAGUGUUAAUGGAGAAAAUAAACAUCUUUCGCCCGAUGAGAAUCUAACACUCAACUUUUACGUUUUCUUACCUGAUUCAACUUAUCGUACAGCACCUCAGGGUUUAGCAAGGGAUGGUACUUCGUGGAUUCGGAAUUUAGAACUAAUGUCGGAUAAUACACGAGUCGCUGUGGAAGGAUAUGAUGGACUGAAUGACGACGUCCCUGGAACGAUGGGCUGGACAUUUGGCAAGCUUGCUGUGUAUGCUCGAACGGGUGGGAUCACGAUUGGAAUGGCAAUUCGUGCAAAUGAAAGUAUCUCAAUGCAUAUAGACACUGGCCAGAUUAGAGAUAUUUACUUUCGUGAACCAACAUUGGUCGCUCUUGCAGCACCAAAAGUCGACGUUACCACAGCUAAUGGACCGAUUUGGAUUUCGGGAGCAGUGGGAAUCGAUCAUCUCAAUUUGAAGUCAGUCACAGGAGGCCUUAAUAUCAGCCAUAUUGCUGUAGCAGAAAAGGUGUCUUGUUCUUCAUCUGUGGGCGUUCUGGGUGGGCGAUGGAGUGCUUAUCGUUCUAUAAGUGCACACACGACGGCUGAUUUACAGAUAGACGUUGAUGCAAAUAAAGAUACAUACUUUGAUUAUGUCAAAUCUUCUGGUUUGUUGCAAAUCUUGAACCCCGAAAAGACUGCAGGAAUCUUAGCAAUGUCAUCUAACGAAUCCUCGUGGCGACCUUUAAAGGUUGAUGCAUUCACUCAAACUGGGCGAAUCGUUUUAGAUUAUCGCGAUCAAGACAAGAAGACAUUACUGAUGUCUAAUGCCACAACUGUUACAGGCUCGAUCAUGGUUCGUCAUUCUUCAGGAUUUGAAGGAAGGUAUGAUAUUCGGACGACGGUAGGAUCCAUCAAAAUAAAUCAACCAAACGCCGGGAAGCCCGAAUCGGGAAAACACUUUACUGUCGAUCUUGAUGUAGACAAGGGUAAAAUAGGUAGAUUGAUGAAAGGUAGAUCUUGGUUUAAGAAUCAUGAUUGGAAAGAUGGAGGAACAGACGGAUCUUCGCUAUUUCCAAUUUCACAUUCUGUCAUGACCACCGAAGUCGGUAGCAUACGUGCAGACUUUGCUUGAGUCAAUUUAUACUUUAUCUUGUUAGGAUUGCUGUAUUUGCUUCUUUUCUUGUAUUAUAUGCUUUAUACCACCACUUUAUUAGGUUGAAUUCUUAUUUCACUUUUUCGACUCAG